AUGAUGCUCAACUCGGACCAGACGGACCUCGACCUGCAGCCCACCCACUCGGAGACGGAGUCGGUCUUCAGCGACUGCGGGGGCGGAGGCGGCCGAGGGGUCGCGGGGGAGGAGGCCGGCCCGCUGGACCCCCUCUGCAGCCAGUCCCGGGUGGCCGAUGCCGGCGAGGCCAUGAAGAAGGACCUCCAGCACCUCAGCCGGGAGGAGCGGCGCCGGCGCCGGCGGGCCACGGCCAAGUACCGGACAGCCCACGCCACGCGGGAACGCAUCCGGGUGGAGGCCUUCAACAUGGCCUUUGCCGAGCUCCGCAAACUCCUGCCCACCCUGCCGCCGGACAAGAAGCUCUCCAAGAUCGAGAUCCUCCGGCUGGCCAUCUGCUACAUCUCCUACCUGAACCACGUGCUGGACGUCUGA